CGUGGGCGGACCUCGUAUGUGCCGCGCAUAGGUCUGCGUGCUAGGGUCCGUCUCUUCUGCUUUCUUUCCUUUCUACGCAAUUUCUCUCUGAGAGCUAGUCACUCCAGCCUCCAGCGCAGAUUUUGCCUGUAGUUAAAGACUCGGUAGAGUGGUUUCCUCCAGACAGCUUGUAAUGUAUGGUCUCAUAUACAACACAGUACAAGGCCUGGUGCUCAAGGUUUGCAAGGGAGACGACACCAAAUGGAAGGAAAUAUGCCAAAAGGCUGCAGUAAAGGAAGUAGAGUUUAUGACAUAUCAGUACUACGAUGAAGAGAAGCUUUUCAAAAUCGUGCAAGCGGCCUGUGACGUGCUAGAUUUACCUCUCGAGAAACUGCUAGAGAGCUUUGGUGAGCAUUUCUUUGAGAAGACAAAGCAGUCUGGGCACAGCUACAUGCUAAACACACUCGGACACGACCUCUUUGGGUUUCUGGUCAACCUGGACUCACUCCACACCCACUUAUCAACGACCUACCUCGAGAUGAGAGCACCUUCUUUCCAGUGUGAGAAGACAGAGGAAGGACUCCAGCUUCAUUACUACUCCUGUCGAGCAGGUCUACAGUCGAUAGUCAUUGGAAUAGUGAGGGCCGUAGCUAAGGAUUUCUACAAGCUUGACAUUGACAUGGAGUUGCAAAUGAGUGAAAAGCUGGAAGGCGUUGCACUAUGUCACCAUUGUGUCUUUACCAUAACCGUAAAGGAAUCCAGCCGCUCUGAUCCUUCAUGGAUAGAUAGACUGCAAGGUGAGAGGGUUAUGCCUGGCGUACAACACUCCAACAGAAACAGUGUCAUUUUGGUUCAAGAGGCAAUGGAAAUGGAGGGACCUAUUGCUGGAAUUGCUGGAGUUGCUCAUCCUCCCUCUGGUCUCACUACAGAAAGUCAAACGUGUCCUUUUGUGAAUGUGUCACGAUACGACAGCGAGUUAGAGCUCUGGAGAGUAAAGGAAGAGGAUGAAGACGAGGAUGAGAGUCAAGUUAGAAAGACGAAGAAUAAAGUGAUCGAUGAAGAUGCCAAAUCUGUUGACAAAUCUCUCGAGUCUGCCUCGUCCAUUCGAAGCCAAAUUGCUAAUGUCUUGCAGCCUGUUAAUCGAUCCUCCAUGCCGAUUUCCCUCCUUCCCCAUCUCUCUAUGGUAACCCCCAGUCAUUCUAGACGUGGUAGCAUCUUCAUACCAGCAGAAGACUGGCCGAUAACCCCAUACCUGUUCCGCUCCCUUUUCCCGUUUCACAUUAUAUUCGAUUGCAAUUUUGUCAUCAAGUAUAUGGGUGUGUCCCUCAGUCGCUUGUUCCCUCUCGCGAUCAACAAUCAAAUGAAACUAACCGACAUAUUCAGCAUAAUCCGUCCAGCCAUUCCUUCCUUUACGUAUCAGCACAUUCGCUCUCGUGUCCACAAUGAAUUUGUAUUGCAAGCCAAAACAAUACAGCAAAAAUCAAAUACGGCUUCCUCAGGCAAAGAUGUCCCCCCAAUACACUUUCGUGGUCAGAUGGUUCCCACUUCUUCCUCUCAGUCCACAAGUCCUAUACUCUUUAUCGGCUCCCCGAGGGUCAAGAGCAUCAAAGAAUUAGAGAGCCAAGGUCUGUACCUCAGCGAUAUACCGGUACACGAUGUCACAAGAGAUCUCAUUCUACUCAAUCACCAGUUGAGAGCUGAGAUGAACACUGCUUCGCAGCUUGAGGUGAUGAAAUUCCGACUUGAAGAGGAGAAGACCAGGGUACAGAAUGAGAGGGAGAGAGCUGAUAACCUUCUCCAUGCAAUGCUUCCAGUGCCUGUCGCUAGGCAGCUUAAACAUGGUGAAGAGGCUCAGGCUACGUUUCAUUCAAAUGUCACCAUUUUGUUUAGCGAUAUAGAAGGAUUUACGACAAUAUGCAGUCAAUGUGAUCAUCCAGAAAAAGUGGUCAAAAUGCUCAAUAAUCUUUAUACAAGAUUUGACAGCUACAUAGACGAAUUUAAAGUCUACAAAGUUGAGACAAUAGGAGAUGCUUACAUGGUGACUGCUGGUCUACUGGAGACAGCAGAGGAUCACGGCUACGCUGUCACCUCCUUCUCAUUCCAAAUGAGAACGAGUGCCAGUGAAAUAUUCAGCCCAACCACUGGGAAACCACUAAAGAUACGUAUCGGUAUUCAUACUGGAGCAGUAAUGGCCGGUGUUGUUGGUACGCUGAUGCCGCGGUACUGUCUCUUUGGUGACACGGUUAACCUCGCCAGUCGGAUGGAAUCGCAUGGAACAGCUGGUAAAAUACACAUCAGUGCCUCUACUUUCAAUACUUUGGUUGGCAAGCCGGUCACUCUGACAUCCCGUGGAGAGAUUACAGUCAAAGGACUGGACACAAAACAGCGAACAUACUUUGUUGAACCGUCGCACAAAUAUGUCGUUAUUGAAGCCGAGAAAGACAAGCUAAUGAAGAAACAAAACUCGGACUCUUUUGUGUCCUUGCACCACGUUCCAAGAUCCUCCUUCUCCACUCACGCGCCAGCACCUGUCUUUGGGGUAGGAGGAAGCUCACAGGAAAAACUUCGUAAGGUCUCGGUACAGUCAAAGCAAUCAGGUGGAUCAUUUUUAAAUUUUGAUGUACCGAUUGAGUCAGCAGCCGAGACACAAGAAGUGGAUGUAGCAGUUAAUGUGGAACAGACAAAGAAUGAAUCAGGUGAAGGAGAGGGAGAGGCAACACUGGAAAAGAGUUCUUCCAAAAGAUCAGUCAAUCGUGACAGCUACUACAAGAUAACUCCAGUGAAUGGCGAGCUCAUGAAUGAGAGUGGAGGGGAAACUAAGAAACAGCGAAAGAAGAAAAAGAGCAAAAGGAAGAUGAGAGAGGAACCUCAAGAGACUGCAGACUGUGAUGAACUCAAACAGAAUAAAAAGUGCACCAUUAGCUAACACCUUGAUUUCAUUCAUAGCUAUGCUCUGAUCUAUACUCCUUUCUAAAUGUAUAGCAAUUAAUACAUUGUAUGCACUAAACUCCUAACUAUCUUUUUAUUUAUUUAUAUUUCCUGUUGUUUGCAGUUACUGUAUAGCUGGUAGAAAUGACUUGCACUCUUGAUGAGUGCCUACCAGCUAUAACUGGAGCUGUUUUUUGUAUUAUUGAUGUAUUUGGUUAUAAUUAUUAGAAGUGUUUGAUGUUUGACGUUGAAGCAUCAGUGCCAUCAA